AGGCUGGCAGCGGGUGGUCGCGGGUUGCGGCGGGGUUGGAGAGGCCGAGGCCAGAGAAUCGUCGACGGUGGUCGGUCGACGAGGCGCGGAUCGGGCAGCUACGAGAGGAACAUAAUACCUUAGAGAACUCGCGUCGGCCAGCGUUUUGUCCGGACGGUUGUCGGCGUUUCGUCGCGAGGAACCACCACCUCCAGCGGGGUUCCCUUUUCCGCUUGUUUCUUUAUUUCCGGCGACAUCUCGCAUCCGAUUCGUUGGUAUACGCACCGGUGUACGACUCCAGAGUCGCUAGCAGCCGCUCGGAGCCGCUCGGAGCCGCUCGGAGCCGCGGCCAGCCAGGGUCGGCGGUGCGUGCGUGCUUUUGCGCGCGCGCUCGUGCAUCCUUCGAGCGACAGUGACAGUCAGGGAUCAGCCGCGGAAGUGUCCUAACCCGCUGCUGCCAGUCAAAGCCAUACUCGCGUUCCCUGUACCCGUCGUAAGGCCGCCGUAAACCGUAAACGCGUGCAGCCGCCUCCGUCUCGUCUUCGGCUUUCAAUUCGAAGAGGAACGAGCCAGAGGCCGGCCACCAUGGCCGACGACCAGGAGGCGAACAACACGUGCGAGGACUCGCUCGGCCCCGGGGACGCCAACACCGCGUUCGCCAAGAAGAUCCGGGGCCGGAAGGGUGCGCUCAAGAAGAAGAAUGUGUACGUUGUCAAGAACCACAAUUUCAUGCCCCGGUUCUUCAAGCAGCCCACAUUCUGCAGCCACUGCAAGGAUUUCAUAUGGGGUUUCGGCAAGCAAGGGUACCAGUGCCAAGUCUGCAGCUUCGUGGUGCACAAGCGAUGCCACGAAUACGUGACGUUCACGUGUCCCGGGGCGGACAAGGGAGCUGACUCGGACGACACGCGGACGAAGCACCAAUUCAAGCAACAUACCUACAACAGCCCCACGUUCUGUGACCACUGCGGUAGUCUUCUCUAUGGUGUCAUCCACCAGGGCAUGAGGUGCCAAGCAUGCGACAUGAACGUACACAAGAGGUGCGAGGAGAGCGUGCCGAACCUGUGCGGAUGCGACCACACCGAAAGACGCGGUCGUAUCAACUUGAACAUCAACUGUUCCGGGAACAAGCUCACCGUGGAGGUGAAUCAGGGCCGGAACUUGAUCCCGAUGGACCCGAACGGCCUGUCGGAUCCCUACGUGAAGCUGAAGCUGAUCCCGGAUUCGGACAACGUGAAGAAAAAGACCAAGACGAUCAAAUCGUCGCUGAACCCGGAAUGGAACGAGACGCUCGUUUUCGACAUGAAGCCGGAGGACAAGGACCGGCGGCUGCUGAUCGAGGUCUGGGAUUGGGACCGAACGUCCAGGAACGACUUCAUGGGCUCCCUUUCGUUCGGCAUCUCGGAGCUGAUGAAGGCUCCGGCGAGCGGAUGGUUCAAGCUGCUCACCCAGGAGGAGGGCGACUUCUACAACGUGCCGGUCCCGGAGGAAGGCGUCGAUCUCGCCGAGCUCAAAGUCAAGAUGCGAAAGACAUCGGUCACGAAGAAAGCCCAGAGCACCCAGGACAAAGAGGUGCCGCACAACAUGGGCAAGAGCGACUUGAUCAGGGCGAGCGACUUCAACUUCCUCAUGGUGCUCGGCAAGGGCAGCUUCGGCAAAGUGUUGCUGGCGGAGCGAAAGGGUACCGACGAGCUGUACGCAAUCAAGAUCUUGAAGAAGGACAUCAUCAUCCAGGACGAAGACGUGGAGUGCGCGAUGGUCGAGAAACGGGUACUGGCGUUGUCCAGCAAGCCGCCAUUCCUGGUGCAGCUGCACUCCUGCUUCCAGACCAUGGACCGACUGUAUUUCGUGAUGGAGUACGUGAACGGGGGAGAUCUGAUGUACCAGAUACAGCAGUGUGGCAAGUUCAAGGAACCGGUGGCCGUAUUCUACGCGUCCGAGAUCGCGAUCGGCCUGUUCUAUCUUCACGGACGCGGCAUCAUCUACCGGGACCUGAAGCUCGACAACGUUUUGCUGGACCAGGACGGGCACAUCAAGAUCGCGGACUUCGGGAUGUGCAAGGAGGGCAUCAGCGGCGACAAAACCACCAAAACCUUCUGCGGAACGCCCGACUACAUCGCCCCCGAAAUCAUCCUUUACCAGCCGUAUGGAAAGUCGGUCGACUGGUGGGCGUACGGAGUGUUGCUCUACGAGAUGCUGGUCGGACAGCCGCCCUUUGACGGCGAAGACGAGGACGAGCUGUUCGACGCGAUCAAAGAUCACAACGUCAGCUACCCGAAGAGCCUCACCAAGGAGGCCAGGGAAAUUUGUAAAGCGUUCCUCACGAAGAAUCCGGUGAAGAGACUGGGCUGCGGGUUCCGAGGGGAGGAGGACGUGCGCAGCCACGCGUUCUUCCGGCACAUCGACUGGGUGAGGAUCGAGAACCGCGAGGUGCAGCCGCCGUUCAAGCCAAAGAUUAAACACCGCAAGGACGUGAACAACUUCGACAAACAGUUCACAUCGGAGAAGACGGACCUGACGCCCACGGACAAGCUGUUCAUGAUGAAUCUGGACCAGACGGAGUUCAUGGGCUUCUCGUUCCUGAACCCGGAGUACGUGCAGCACGUCUAAACGGAUAGGAGGACCGUUCUCUCCUCGUUAGUCGCAAACCUUUCGUCGCCGCGUCUCUCCCCGCCAUUACCCCGGGGUUCAUCUUCCUUCUUGCUACUCAGGGCUUUCACCGUCGUCUUCUAUCCCCCUCCAACUCUUUCCCUCUCAUCGUUUUCCCGUUCCUUGUCCCUCGUCCCCUAUCCUUCACCCCCCCCCCUCUUUCCGAAGACGAUUCUCUCCCCAGUCGUUCCAGGUUUUUUGGAAACGAAAAGCAGUUUCAUCGGAUCUCGAACGUAGAGCCCGUCGUAGGCGACGGGUGUUGCAAUCAGGAUCCUCGAGGUCCGAGUUCCCUAUUCUUCCCCUAACAAAAGUCGAUGGACUCGGCGAACUAGAACAAGAUUUGAAUAAUCGCGACAGGAGAUCUCACUCUCUCUCUAUUUUUCUGUCUAUUUCUCUCUCUCUCUCUCUCUCUCUCUCUCUCUCUCUCUUUCUCUCACCCAUUCUCUCUAUCUGUUUCGCGAUCUUUCUCUCUUUCUAUCCCUCUCGCGAUUAGAGCCGGGACGGGAACAUUUCCUAACCGCUGUUCUCGAUCUCCGUGCAUACCUGUUAUUAUUAUGAUAUCGUAUACAUUUACUUCGGUAGUUUCUACUGUCGCCUUCCAGAGAGUAUAAAUAUAUAUAAAAAUAUAUAUAUAUAUAAAUAUAUGAAUAUAAUGUAUAUCGAACGAACGAACGGACGAAUAUAUUGUUAUGUACAGGACCCGGUGGGGCGAGUGGCGGAACCGGAAGUGUUUCCGCGCGGAAUGAAAUCCGAUUUUCCAUUCACGGUUUGUCCCGCGGAGAAAUUCCUCGCUCGGGUUCUGCCAAUCGAUCCGUCGUGCCCUGUAUACACGCGUGUACAUUAUGUGUAUAGAGAACAUGGUUGCACGAGACCCGCGUUGUCCUGUGUCACCGAAAUUUCUAUCGAUAUUUCGUUAACGUUGCACUACUCACGACGAUCCUAAGUCGGACCUAGUACAAUACAGACAAGGUGUACGCGACAGCCACACCAGAAUCUCGCCGGCUCGACGCUGAAACAACCACGAACCCUUCAACCGGGGAUUCCUGGAUUCUGUUGGUUUCUUGUUAAUUCGACGCUCGUUUUGGCUUAUCUCGCUCUCCCUGAAAACAACAAUGUUCCAAUGCUUUGUCGUCGUGCUACUUCGAUUUUUAUUAUUUUGUAUUCGACGGUGACACGAGCAUUCGUCAUUUUUUUUAUCUUCUUAGUCACGGUGUACAUUUCGUUUUUAAUAUUUCGAUCGAGCACCUCCUGCCAGGGGUAGUAUUUAUAAUUUUCACUCGGUUCAAGGGUCAACGGCUGCUCGCAGGCCGUCCUACCAAGUUGCGCCGCGUUCGAUUAUUCGCGGGAAGACAAGCAACGUGCAAUAAAACUAAUUGUAUUUGUUGCCAGCGAGAGACGUCGGCUUCAAAGAUUUGUUUCGUGGUCGAGAUUGGUUCGCCCACCGACCACGAUUAUCUUCCUCCACCUCUCGUUUGCAUAUCUCGACGAUAGGAAUUGUAAAUUGAAACGAAGCGUCGCCGUGCAACGCGUAAAUGAACUCCGCUCUCAAAAGUUAAAUCGCUCGUCUCGAUCCCUUGAUUUCGGUCGUCGGGGGAUCGGAAAUUUUCUUCGCGGAGGAGAGAAAAAAGAAACGCGUUUCUCUCUCUCUCUCUCUCCCGAAGCGACGAUAAUAUUCCGGGAGUUUCGUUUCGCUUCGUUUGCGCGACCGUUCGGGACAAUCGGAAUGUUUACGAAGAUGCUCGUUGCGUCGACUCGUUGGACGGUCGUUGCGGCUAAUUGGCCGCGGCGGAAGUUUACCGCGAAGAUAAUAACAACGGAUUACGCUCGUCCGUUCGUCCAUUUCGACGUUGUCCGCCUUUACUUUCAGCUGUUCGUCAUCACCGAUCACGAUUACCCUUUCGUUUGAAACAAUGUCGUUCGAAAGGUCUCCCUACUUUUCAUCACUCUCUCUCUCUCCUCUCUCUCUCUCUCAUCUCUCUCUCUCGCUCUUUUUCACUCACUCAUUCACUCGAUCACUCACUCUCGCUCCUUCUCUCUUUCUCUCUCGAGUUCGUUCAAAAACGUUGAAAAGAAAAAAAAAAGCAAAAAACAGUAUUUCCUACAAGAGUUCGUCUCGUGCCUGAAAACCCUCGCAUCCAGUGAUACACGUCUUUCUAUCGAACGAUCGAGGACGAGAACGAUACGGGGACGAACCGAGAGCCAUCGAGAGUCCGAGGAGGCAUCCGUAGGUGGGAAAAGCGCAGAAGAAAACCGAUUCCGCGGGAUCGUUUUCCUCCUCGAACGCUUAUCUUUGAUUGCGGACCAGCUGCGAGGGCAGAUCGACCGUCGCGCGAGUCAUCCUGCAAUGAAAUGUUAACGAGCCCGUUGUCUAACUCUUUCUCCGCAUUCGAACAUCGAAAUUCUCUGCUAUCGACUAACAAUAAACACUGUCGUCGGCAUUAUCCAAUAUCGAACAACCCGGUCGACGCCAGGGACUUUUCGAAUUUCGACAUUUCUUUCCGGCUCGUUGUUGUCGCUAGACUGCGGAUCCCUGUGCGAAAAUUGUCUACGUCGAUUAGGAGAAACGAAAGAGCGUAUUUCUUCCGUUUAAUAGUUCUAACAAAUUCAAAAUACUGUAACAACAUUGUCAACACUAAACCUACCCUGCCGAUUAGAACGACUGCUUCCGCAUUUGUUCUCUGUUCAAAUUGAUGAAAUUAUAAAGGCUCCUUUCCGAGCACAUAUUAUGAUAAAAAUAGCUGAUAAAAAUAGAAGUCUAAAUGAAUUCAGUCUUGUAACUGUUCUAAAACAACGCGCGGCAGGCAUCUUUGGUGCUCGGUAGGUUUAGCGUUCAAUUCGUCCGGCGACUUCGGUGCUGUUUCACCGAUUUUCGCCAUAAACGCGCGAACUCCUAUUGUGCGCGCGUUCCGAUUCGCUUCGAACGGGUUAACAGUUUAAUGAGCCGGACGAUGAACUCGUUAACGAAGCUUGCGUCAGAGCGGCACGACCUUGCGGCCCCGCGAGCCGCAGCCCGAAAAUGACGCGGAACGACGGCCGAUCUGCGCGAGCGGCCGGUCCGCGGCUCGCUCCUAGGCGAUCGGUCAAUCAUUUUGAAAUCUCGAUCGACAAACCCGCGACUAUCUCGUCGCGCGAACGUAGAGGUAGACGAUCAGCCCCGUCGGCUCCGACGGACGCGUUCCUUUUUAACGGCGCUCGUCGAGCACGGCGACGGCGAACCUGGUCGAAAGGUAGCGGUAGAGAAAGACACUAACUCGGAGUCUCGAGACGAAACUUCCGCGAGGACUCACCCCGCGAUUUAGGAUCGACGAUCUCGCACGGGCAGCUCGCGCCCUUCUCUCCCCUCGACCUCCACCCCCCUCGAGCACCGUGAACUCGCGUCGCAUCGUCGAUUCGUUCCUUUCAUAGAGUUCUCUCGAUUCUGUCUCUCGCGACACUCGUUGCCUCGCCCGAUCAGAGAGAAUCGCGCGGAUACACGCUGAUUAACCGGAGCGGAACGGUCUAGAACAGGGGUCGCGAUCCGGACCGUCUCGCCGGCCGCCCCCGCUGUCUCUCAACCGACCUUACUAUUAUAUAGAACACGUAUAUCAGACGCGCGCAGCUCAUGUAACGCUUUGACGCUUCAUAAAAAGCGACAUAGAAUUGUUAUCGAUAUUAUCGUUGCUCACCGAUCGAUCCUUCUCGGCCGCUUCUCGGGCCAAACGGAGCGGGGGUCUGCUUCGGUCGCGAGUUAGGAACGCGCGGACGUGUCGCAGCACUUGCGAGAAAACUAUGCUGGUAACGUUGAUCCGCAACGGUUGGAUCAAAUUACGGAACGGAUCGUUUUUGCGUUUGUCGAUUACUCGAAAGCUUCGACGUUUCAAUCAGUUGUAUAGGGAUUUGAUUAUUGGAUGUAGAGUUGCGUUGAAAUUGUUACAUUUUUAUAGCGUUUUCUAAUUUAUAGUCUCGAGUAGUUACGGUAAAGAAAUUUAUAUUGUAUUUUGGUUGGUUUAAGAGUUAGUGGUAAUGUUGGCUGAAUUUUAAGCGGAUCGUUAGAAUUAGCAUUGUAAAAUUUAGCAUUGUAAAAAAAAAGAAUUAGGUAUCGAAAAGUUGUAAAAUUGUAAGGUUUUAUCCGCAGAAUAUUGAAGUAGAGUUUGCGUUUUAUAGGUGUUUCGUUUAGAAUUCAGUUUUGUUUCAAUACAUUGAACGGGGAUUUGUUUAUCGGAUGUAAAAACGCAUUGAAAUUGUUAAAUGUUUAUAGUCUCUUCUAAUUUACAGUCUUAAAUAGUUACAGUAAAGAUAUUCAUUGUAUUUUGGUUUAAACAUUAGGGGUAAUGUCAGCUGGAUGGUUAAAAUUAGCAUUUAACGUUUAGAUAUUGAGAAGUUGUAGAAUUGUAAGGUUUUAUUCACAAAAGAUUGAAUUAGAGUUUAUAUUUUAUAGAUAUUUUGCCUCAGUAAGUUGUAUAGGGAUUUGCUUAUUGGAUGUAAAAUCCCACUGAAAUCGUUAAAUAUUUAUAGUCUCUUCUAAUUUAUAAUCUUAAAUAGUUACAGAAAAGAAAUUCAUUGUAUUUCGGUCGGUUUAAAAAUUAGGAGUAAUAUCAACUGAAUUUAAGCGGAUGGUUAAAAUUAGCAUAGUAAAUUUAAGACGUAGAUAUUGAGAAAUUAUAAAAUUGUAAGGUUUUAUCCGCAAAAAAUUAGAUCAGACUUUACGUUCUAUAGGCACUUCGUUUAAAAAUUUAAUUUUGUUUAAAUAAGUUGAACGAGGAUCUGCGUAUUGCACGGUAAAAUUGCAUUGAAAUUGUUAAAUCGUUACAGUCUUUUCUAAUUAACAGUUUCAAAUAAUUAAAUAAUCUCACACGUUCGUUUCGAGGCUCUCGACGAAUCCGUACGUUUCGCAAUGAAACGCGACCGUGAAACGCGAUAAUUUUCUCGCGGUUGCUGCGACGAACCGAAACGAGUAAGCGUGAAACGGUGUCCGUAACUAGACUGCGGCAAUUAUCGAUUAGCGCGACGGCUCUUCCAAACGUCGACGUAGAAAAUUGCUUGAGAUAAUAGACAACCGAGGCUUCUACGUUCUUUGGAACACGACGAGGCCUCCAGUAGGGCAACUCGAUUUUCGUUCAAUUUCUAUUCGUAUAGAGUGCUAUACGCAGUCUAGUCGUACCGUACGCGAAAGAAAGAAUCGGACAGUACGAUAUCGACGCGAUCGUUCGCCCCCUGAUCUAGGCAAUUCCGUCGCCGGCCAGAGAAUGUUUGCGUGAAGCGCGGUGCACACGUGCACUCGGUGCAUCUACUUUCGAACCUCUCUCUCUCUCUCUUUCUCUCUCACUUGCUCACACUUGGUCACCGAAUGAAUCUCUGUUUCUCUCGACCAGCCCGCCAGCCCCCUCUACUCCUCUACCCCCCCCCCCAAAAAAAAGGUGGAAAGAACACGAGUUCGCGAGUUUCGGAACAAGUCGAAAAUCGAACAUAUUUAAUUACGUCUUAUUAAGCGUGUUCCAAUAAAUAAGUAUAUCGUAACGUA